GCUUGUCCCCCAGUAUAGGCGACUCAUUCCUUCAGUCAAAAUCAUCACACCGUGCCGACAACAUCGGAACCGAAUUAUAGUUAAAAGUCGUCAGAAGCAACUCAGGAUGAAAGCUUUCGUGCUUCCCCUGAUUUGGGGCACGUUACUCCUGGUAUCAGAGAUCGAUUGCGGAGCGGUUGGUAAAGCUUGGGACAUCUCGCCCAGUUCAUCUUCUGAUUUAUCGGAUCGUCCGAGUUGGCUUCGCCCGCAGGAUUCAUCAGGAUCUAGAUUCGGAUCAGCUUUCGAAAUUCGAAGUGUGAGCGGAGUUGGCCAUCUAACGGUACCCAGGAGUACGAUUCCGCGAGAAAUUUUGAAUCAAAGGAGUCGACGUGAUAUCGAAGAUUUCGAAGAAACUCCUCAGGAGUAUUUCGAGGAUCCGAAUUUUCAAUACUUUCUUCGCAACCGUCGGGGACUCAAGGACGUCGAGGAAUUCGAGGAGACUGAGGACGACGGCUGGAUCGACUACGAAAGAUUCAAAAGAAACGUAGAACUGGUGGAAAAUCCCACAAUGCAUCACUUCACCAUACCGCAUAUUGAAAACCUCAGGAAACCGCGAGUUCGAAGAGAGGCGGAACCGACAAAAAUGGAAAAGAUAUCGGGAACUAAAAGCGUGAGGGAGGCGCGUUUGAAUUCGCCCGAAACUUGGUCGAAGCAACCAAUUUCCAUUGAACUUCGUCGCCGCAGUAACUCGGACCAGUUGAAUAUCUACGAUAAGGAAAAUCAAGCGGUACGCGGAAGUCAUCAGGCGCCAAAGGCGGACUUCGUAACCGGACAUCGCAGGGACUUCCCGGAGAGUCGAGAAUCCAGGGAAAUGCCCGCUCUGGUCAGGGCCUAUCCUGACUACGUUCCUCUAUUUCAAGAGAAAGUUAGAGAGCGUGAUUUCGACGUCCACAUACCCAGGAGGUACAACUUCGGGAGUGAUCGAGAUUUCGACGGUCGGCGACCGGGAGACAGUCCGUAUUAUUACAACCGCUACAACCAGGAGGACAUAAGGCCCUACGGCAGAGCGUUGAAUCCAUCAAAACCAAAAAGAAUUAUAUACUACGCUCAUCUCCCCGAAGUAGCGAGGAAGCCGGUUGACCUCAGAAAUUACCGAGGUUACCCGUACGACGACAUAAUGGUCAGAUCGCCUCCAGUAGCUGUUGCUAGUUCCACGUCCUACAGUCGUACUCCUGGAAAUAGGGACCCCAAUAAUUAUCGUUACAGGAUUCAGUAUCCAUAUGACGCUUACAGACCCUACCGUAGCGACCCUUACAGGCGUCCUUACGACGGUUUAUAUCAAUCCAGAACCGAUGAAGACCAUUAUCCUGAUCGUGCAGCGCUGAAGGAAGACACUGAAAGAGAUAAGGAGAGUGAAAGGGAGAUUAUGGAAAACAAGAGUUACGACAGGGUGUCCGACAGGGCAGAAGCCAGGCUACCAUGGCCAGUCCAGGUCGGAACUCAAGUCAAUGUUAAAGAUGACGAAAGAAUUCCGGGACGCAGGAUAUUCGGACAGAAUGACGAUGACUACGAAAGGUACCAUGUAAGCGCGAAACUUCAGACCGCUCCGGAGUCUGGAAAUUCGGAUGAUCAGCGAAAGAGCGAUCAGUAGCAUCAUUUUCUUUUCUUUUUCUCUUUCAGAAGGCUGUAGAACUGUAGUUUAAAAAAUAUUCAUAGGGGUAAAAAAAUGCGCCUAAGUCUUAUCGUGAUUAUAGCUGUUAAAGACGUGAUACGUUGUAGUUAAAUAUGGUUUUCAUGACGGUGUGGGUAUAUUUUACGUUUUCAUUUGUGUGAAGAUUGGCCGCUUUCCAUUUUGCAAAUAUCAUUGAUCAUAAAUAAAAAUGGAAUUAGGCCAUCGCAUAUUUUGAACGGGGGAUGUCAUUCUAUAGAUUUAUUAUUUUAUUUAUAAAACACGAUUUGUAAACUCGAUUAAAAGUAGUAAAAAAUGC